CCCAUAUGUGCUCAUAUGUACCCUGCAGCCUCAGGGGUGGAGGAGCUGGUUGGAGAAGUCUGUAUGCACGUAGAGCUCCUCACCGACCCAGGAAACGGAGCCAACAAGAUCAACAUCAAAGUGGCGUCAGCCAAUGACCUGCGCUGGCAGACCCAGGGCGUGUUCCGCCCGUUCGUGGAGGUGUACAUCAUUGGUCCACACCUCAGCGACAAGAAGCGCAAAUUUGCCACCAAGUCCAAGAACAACAGCUGGUCGCCUAAGUUCGCUGAAAGCUACCAGUUUGCUCUGAGCACUGAGCUGGGCCCUGAGGGCUAUGAGAUGCAGGUGGCGGUGAAGGACUACUGCUUUGCGCGUGAGGACCGCACGGUGGGGCUGAGCGUGCUGCAGCUGAGGGAGAUGGCGUCGCGCGGCAGCGCCACCUGCUGGCUGCCGCUGGGCAAGCGCCUGCACAUGGACGAGACGGGCCUGACCGUGCUGCGCAUCCUCUCCCAGCGCAACAACGACGAGGUCGCCAAGGAGUUCGUCAAGCUCAAGUCCGACCAGCGCUCCGCAGAAGAGGGACGCGCUAGCUAAGGGCCACCGUUAAUAUGGCACAAGAAACCCAGCCACGCCCCUCACUCAAAGGACUGUGCAAUGACCUUUGACCUUUCUUGAUGCCGCCCCCGAUUCCCUGAACCUCUCACCCCCGAUUCCACACCAUUUGGUUCUGAUGAAGUCCGGGUGGGACAGGGCAAGAGGGGUCAAAAGGUCAUAGCUGCUUCUGGGUACCCCUUGGGGGUGCCCCUAGCAACAUCUGAGAAAUAUGUGCAAUACACACACAC